AACAGUUAUGGAGAUUCGCUUUCAUUAUCCAGUGAGCUAACAUGUGAGCACUUCAAUAGAACAGUUAAGCUUUAUACGUCAAAGAAAGUCCGUUUUAAUUAUCCUGAAAAAGAAAGGUCUAAAAUAAACUGACCUAGCUUUGUUUACAUUUCUGGCUUUUGCAGCUAGGCUGACGUACAAACUAAAAUCGAGCAUGUCCUCUGCCAAUCACUGUCAGCACUCUUAGCCUCAGAAUCAACAGACACAAGACAGGUUUGUACAACAUGUCAGCGUGCAGGAGGAUGCUUUACCUGGUAAAGCACAGGAGCCUGUUGACGUAUGUACGGAGAAAUCUCACUACAUGGUCUCCCGUUGGAGCUGCUUUCAAUGCCAGACCUCACAGGAAACUGGACCUGUUUCAGAAAAAUGUGGGUUUGUUUGGAGUGCCAGAGCUGAGCUGUCCUGCAGGCUUUCAGGUUGCCACAGAGACAGCUCUGAAGAACACGGAGCGUCUGGUGGAGAAAGCCUGUUCUUCUUCUCCAGGAGUUCAGACAGUCCAGUGCUUUGACCAGCUCUCAGAUGAACUGUGUAAAGUGGCCGAUCUGGCAGACUUUAUAAAAGUAGCUCACCCCGAUCCAGCUUUCCGCGAGGCUGCUGAGAAGACCUGCAUCGAGAUCGGCACAGUCGUGGAGAAACUGAACACUAAUGUUGAGUUAUGCAAGAGCCUGAAGAAUUUGCUGGACAACCCGGACAUCGUGGCUCAGCUGGAUCCCGAUACAAGGCGAGUGGCAGACCUGUUCAUGUUCGACUUUGAAAUCAGUGGAAUUCAUCUAGAUGACACACUGAGGAAAGAGGCGGUUGCUCUUCACGUGAAGUUGCUGGAUCUAAACAACGAGUUCCUGGUCGGCUCCCACAUGCCGAACAGGAUCGCCAGGUCUGCGAUUCCCGAGCACCUACACCUGAACUUUGCAACAGAAGGAAGCUUCAUUCAAAUCGGGGGACUGCAUGCAGAUUCCCCCAGUGACUUGAUUUCUUCAAACAGUCCAAAAAUAUGCAAUUCAGGUGGACUGGGAGACUCUAAAUUACCCACAGGUAUGAAUGUGAGCCUGUUAGCCUGGCAGCCUGUCCAGGGUGUUUCCCUGCCUUCAGCCAAAUGCAUGCUGGGAUUGGCUCGGGCCCCCGUUGACCCUGAAACAGCAAAAGACUUUAAGAUGAUGAGAGGCAUGAAGAAGAAACUCAGCCCUCGACAUUCUGAGCUCAUGCCCUGGGAUCAUCCAUACCUCAGCGGUGUCUUGCGUGCUGAAAGGUACAACAUAGAGCCCAGUCUGUACAGUCCCUACUUGUCUCUUGGUUCCUGUAUGGAGGGUUUGAACAAUCUCUUCUCUCAGCUGUACGGCGUCUCCCUCAUGUCUGAACAACCCAGAGCUGGAGAGGUCUGGAGCGAGGAUGUCCGCAAACUGGCUGUGGUCCAUGAGACGGAGGGAUUACUGGGAUACAUCUACUGUGACUUUUUCCACCGGCAAGAUAAACCUCAUCAGGACUGUCACUUCACCAUCCGCGGUGGGCGCCAGUGCCAGGAAACGGGUCAGUACCAGUUGCCAGUCGUGGUGCUGAUGCUGAGUCUGCCUCACCCUACCAAGGGCGCCCCCACCUUGCUCACUCCCGGCAUGAUGGAGAACCUCUUCCACGAGAUGGGCCACGCUAUGCACUCAAUGCUGGGACGCACUCGCUACCAGCACGUGACAGGAACCAGAUGUGCAACUGAUUUUGCUGAAGUCCCCUCCAUCCUCAUGGAAUACUUUGCCACCGACUACCGAGUCAUCAGCCAGUUUGCACGACACUAUGAAACCGGACAGCCGCUACCCGAGAGUAUGGUGGCUCGCUUGUGUGAGUCCAAAAAGGUGUGUGGAGCUGCAGACACCCAGUUGCAGAUUUUCUAUGCAGUCUUGGAUCAGAUCUACCACAGAGAACCACAGAACCGCUCUACCACAGAAAUCCUGAAGGACAUGCAGCAGAAAUUCUACGGCUUACCUUAUGCACCCAACACGGCAUGGCAGCUGAGAUUCAGCCACCUGAUCGGGUACGGGGCCAAGUACUACUCCUACCUCAUGUCACGUGCGGUGGCCUCGAUGGUGUGGAAACAAUGCUUCAUAGAGGAUCCUUUAAACAGGGAAAUGGGUGAGCGGUACCGACGGGAGAUGUUGGCCCAUGGAGGAGCUAAGGAGCCCAUGCUGAUGGUGGAGGGCAUGCUGCAGAGACGGCCCACCAUCGGGGACUUUGUGGACGCGCUCGUGUCUGAGCUCAACCCAAACUUUGAGACCUUCAUCAUGGACUCUGAGAGUUGAAGGACAGUUUUGGCUGCAAGGAAACAAACUUUAUGAGGCAAAGAUUGAGAGAACGCUGGAGAAAUCAAAGACAUGCCGUCAUAUUUCAUGAUCACUGUUUCUAAAGAUCUUCAUGUUUUCUGCAAAUGAACAUAAUGUAUAUUUAAUAUAUUUGACAUGUUCUCUUGCUGCACACAGUUAAAAAGUUAAAGAACCCCAAAACUGUUGUAAAACCUUCUUUUUUUUAACCAUUUAAACUUUAAAAUGUUUAACACUUUAAACAUUUGAAAGAAUGAAUAACAAAAUGCAAUCAUUUUCACAGCUUAUACCCCCAAAAGAUUGUUCUGAGCUUGUGUAACAGCAGAACAUUGUUUUGGUUUGGUUUUUUCCUGAUCAAAUCAGCAUGAGGAAGAAUACUUAAUCCGUUCUUCCUGUCAUGUGGACAUUGUUUAGGCUUUAAAUUAAUACCGCUCCAUCUGUUUUGUCUGUCAGGAGUUUGGGGAGGGGUGAAAAAGAAGAGCUUCAGCUUGUGAGUUUUUUACAGCACAAUAGGAAAGAUUUGGUCAGUUCUUAUCAUAUUAUUCAUAAAAGCUGUUGCAACAGUAUAAAUCACAAAGCCACACAGUCUCUGGAAGUUUAAGAAGUUGUGCAUAUUUACAAAAACGCUCCACAGAGGCUGUUUGCAUCUGUUCCAACAGUUUCACACUGUAGUCGUCAGCUGGGCUCUGACUGCAGCUGCCUUUGCUUGCCUUGUGCCAGCUCCGAGAUGCAGAUUCACGUCGCUGUUGAAAGUGUAAACACGCCAUCAGACAGGCGGAGCCUGAGCGAGCUGGGUGGCUCGAACCUCACAGAGGCUGUAAAACUGUGAUUUGACAGUUAUGUGGGUGUGAUGUCUCUCCAACAUUGCUUUCAGAUCUAUUUCCAAUUAAACCUGAAGCAAAUUAUAUCAGCAGAGAUUAAAUGUAACUGAAGUGCACCCCCAGUAUUAAUGUUAGUGUAAUUUUAGGCAUCAAAACAAGUUGACUUGUCACACUGAGUGCUACGCCGCCUGUACAGAUGGCUUUGGAAGAAACAUAAGAUGUUUAGAUGAAAUCAUUCUUUAGUGAUUUUUUUUCUGUGGUGAUCAGCUGUCAUAUUUAUAAAAAAAAAAAUUAAUUAGAAGAAUAGAUGGCAAUAUACACUUAUCUGUUAAUCUUCUGGUUAACACAGUUUCAUGCACUGCAUUCAGACUGGAUCCUGCUGAAGUUCAAACUGAGCAUCAAGAUGGGGAAUAAAGGUGAGUUAUGUGACUUUGAA